ACGUCUUUAACAAUCAACAAUCAAUGCUGUUGACAACAAUUUGCAAAAUAUCGCAAGCAAACAAAUAAGCAGAGAAGUUGUGUUCCGCGAAUUGUACAAAGCUGAAAUUAUAGACGUUCCGAACAUGUUACGAAGGUUCUUUGCAAGCAGAUGUAAAGUGUGCAUAUAGUUGAUAUUGAUUUCCUGCGCAUCAACGUAAAUCAUGGUCGUCUUCACACAAAUUUUAGGUUAUGCCGCACGUCAGGUGUCGAGAAACUAUCUACGUGGCUUGUUUAUGGACUCGUUGCGUCUCCAUGUAAAAGGUGGAGUGGGUGGUAUGGGCCUGCCUAGAUUUGGAGGAAUUGGCGGUCGAGGUGGUCACGUAUAUCUCGUUGCCAAGGAGGGCGAGACUCUAAAAAAUCUUUCAUCCAAAUUGAAAGUUCAUAAGAUAAUUGCUGGAGAGGGCGGUAAUAGCUCACAAACACAACUUUUAGGUAAACUUGGGGAAGAUAUGACGAUCCCGGUGCCUCCAGGCGUAUCUGUGAUUACUGAUCAGGGUGUAAAAUUAGGAGAAUUGAAUGAGCCAGGUUCCAAGCUGAUCGUCGCCAAAGGGGGGAUCGGGGGAUGUCGAGAAACAGGAUUUAGUGGGCAGAAAGGAGAAGCUCUGCAUAUUCAUUUGGAUCUCAAGUUAAUCGCUGAUGCCUGCUUAGUUGGCUUUCCAAAUGCAGGAAAAAGCACACUUCUGAAAGCAGUUUCCAGAGCUAGUCCCAAAAUUGCAUCUUACCCAUUCACAACGCUAAGGCCACACAUUGGUAUAAUGCAAUAUAAAGACUUGAGGCAAAUCUCUGUAGCAGAUUUACCAGGGCUGAUCGAAGGUGCUCACGUAAAUAUAGGAAUGGGUCAUAGAUUUUUGAAGCACGUUGAAAGGACGCAAUUGAUGAUAGUUGUGGUAGAUAUUCAAGGUUUUAGAUUGUCGCCCAAACACUUGCGAAGAAAUUGUUUAGAGACGAUAGUGUUGCUCAACAAAGAGCUGGAACUUUAUAAACCGGACUUACUAAACAUGCCUGCUAUUCUUGUUGUCAAUAAAAUGGACACAGAAAACGCCACGGAGAAAUUAAACGAGGUGAAACCAUUGAUCAAGGAAUACGAACGGACUUUAGCAACAUUUUCAGACGAAAUACGUCCCGAAAAAGCCUUUGUAUUCGAAGCCGUUCUGCCCGUUGCCCUCCGUGAGAGGAAUGUCGAUGAAAUCAAGUUGCUUAAGGAAAAAGUACGAACUGUGCUAGAUCUACACGCGGAAAAAAAAGCAAUGAAAAUGCGAGGAGAAUUCCCCGACAGUGAAUUAAUCGAGAAGCUAAAACAGGAGACUAUGCAAAGGAUACCAACGCUUGUAUAGAUUUAAACUAUAGAUCGACCAAUAACCUUCAAUGCGCCGUUAUUUUUUCCAAUUUGGCAAAAAAAAACAAAAAGCAUUGCCCAAUCUUAUGUAACAUCUUAUACUU